AUGGCGUCGACAACACGAAGGCUGCUCUUGCAGUCAAGGCAAUGCCCGUCGCGGAUACGACCUCGAGCAGCACCAAGGCGCACGACCACACAAUGGCAGCGCCCGCUGUCCACAACACCUCGACGAUAUGCCAAUGAGCCCACCAAAGAGGGCUCUGCCACUUCGGCGAAUGCAAAGCCACCGACGGAAACGCUUGAUGAACUCAGCCCGGAAUUGAGCUUUUCAAAUACGACUCCCACGAAAGAUUUCAAGGAAAUGUCUCAGGCCGAGCGUGACGCGGCCAUGUUAGAUAAUCUCCGGGCUUCACUAGCAGAAAUCGAUCCAAGCGUUGUCGCCGACGCUCUUCGCAAGGGAAAACGAGGACUACCUCAGACGCAAGACUUUGGCCUGGAAACAGACGAGGACUUUGACAUUGAAGAGGAUGACAAGAGGAAAGCAUCAAUGGGAUUCUGGGCCGAAGGAGAAGAAAGCAUGGGACCAGAUGAGGAUUACUAUGGUGAUGACCUGACGAGCCACGGCCACGGUGAAUUGCAACAGCACAGGGAAUUAAGGGAGUACGCUCGAUUGAUAGCCUGGGAGCUACCACUUCUUAGUCAUCUCGCCCAACCCUUCACCCCGCCAACAUCAGCCACCCCCUUCCGCUUCCGCUACACCUCCUACCUCGGCGAAUCCCACCCCGCCGCCAACAAAGUCGUUGUCGAAUUCUCACCCUCAGACCUCACCCAAUCGCACUCUCUAACCGCCCCGCAAGUCUCCAAGCUCAUCAAGCUAGCUGGCCCCCGCUACAACCCCUCCACAAACAUCAUCAAGCUCUCCUGCGAAAAAUUCGACACACAGCCUCAAAACAAGCGUUUCCUCGGUGAAACCAUCUCUUCCUUGAUCGCUGAAGCGAAAGAUUCCAAAGACAUGUUUGAAGAUGUGCCAUUUGACUUUCGCCACCACACCCCCAAGAAGAGGCACGAAUUCCCCAAAGAAUGGGUGCUGACGCAGGAGAGGAAAAAAUAUCUCGAGGAGAAGAGACGCCAAGUUGCGUAUUUGGAGGAUCAGCGUGCAGGAAAUGGGGAGUUGGUGGAUGGAAAGAGGAUUGUCGAGACAAGUUUGCCGUUUACGGAGGGAGUCGCGGAACCCGUCAUGGUUGGGGCGGCGAGGAAGCAAGUGAGGUAG